AUGCUUGAACAACAACGUGAUGAAGUAUCGAAUACAUAUGGAUUUUUUGUUUCACCUAAUGAGCUUGAAAUAGAAGAAUCAGUAAAAGCAUCAGUAGCUCGUCGUCGUGGACAAAAAUGGCUUGAUAUGUUUGCACGAUGGUCUUCAUUUAUUGAAUCAUAUUUUGAUAAAGUGAAAACACGUUGUCGAAAAUGUAUACCACCAUCUGUACGUGAUCAAGGUUGGUAUCAUUUAUCGGCAGCAAUAUAUCGACAUGAAAAUGCAGAUAGAAAUUGUCCAACAGGAAGUGUAUUUAAUUUAUAUUUAACACAAACAUCAGCAAUAAAUGUUCUUGAAGAUUUAAACAAAGAUCUUGCUAGAUCUUUUCCUGAUCAUGAAAUACAAGAAAGUUUAUUUGAUGUUCUUAAAGCAUAUGCUGUUCAUGAUCCGGCUGUUGGUUAUUGUCAAGCACAAGCACCGAUUGCUGUUAUUCUAUUAAUACAUUUACAACCUGAACAAGCAUUUUGGGUAUUUGUUCAAAUUAAUGAAGAAUACGUUAAAGGAUAUUUUAGUGAUGGAUUACUGGCAGUUAAAGAGGAUACAUUAGCUACAAAAUUACUUACUUAUGCAAAGAGUUUCACAAAGAGGUUAUCGUUUACUGAUUUUGGACUAACACAUGAUAUCUAUGAAGCUGAUUAUUAUCGACGUGGUGGUCGAAGUUUUCUUCCUAUUCGUUGGAUGGCACCAGAAAGUUUAAGAGAUGGACGUUUUGAUACAAUAUCUGAUGUUUGGUCAUUUGAUGUUCUUCUAUGGGAAAUAGUAACAUUAACUGAACAACCUUAUCAAGGUUAUGGUAAUGAAGAAGUUGUACAUUAUGUUCGAUAUGGAAAUAUAACACUUGAACGUCCAUUAAAUUGUCCAGAAAUAUUACAUAAAUUAAUGCGUGCUUGUUGGACAUUUGCACCCGGUGAUCGUAUAUCUUUUCGAUCAAUAGUUGAUGAAUUAGUUCCAUAUGAAAAUGAAGAUUUUCAUUUAAAUUCAUAUUAUCAUACUCAAUCAAAUCCAAGCUUACAAACAGUUUUAUUGAAUAAUAAUGAUAAUGAUAAUAAUAAUAAUAAUAAUAAUAAUGAAAAAGAUUUAUUAUUAGUUGAUGACAAUGACAGUGAACAGUAUUAA